GCGGCCCUAGCAUGCCCAGGUCGGCAGUCACCUUGAGAGAGAUGGCCGCGGUGCGGGAGAGAACCGGCGAUCGAAGCUCCAACGAUCGAAGAAGCCCCCUCAGAGCUAGCUCUGAAACCACAUCAACGUCCUCCUUCCAGACCCCUCCAACCCGGUCCUCACCAUCCGGAAAAGCCUGGGCGCCUCUGACCGUGGGCAGUAUAAAAUACUUCAGUCGUCACAAGGGGGAGGUCAAUUCGUGUGCCUUCUCCCCGGACACCCGGAUCCUCCUCACGUGCUGUGAUGACAACAAGGUGUACAUGUGGGGGGCUCGGACUGGGAAUUUGCUACGGAGGCUGCAGGGCCACACAGGUCCAGUGCUAUUUUGCAGAUUCUCUCCUGAUGGCAAAUUCUUUGCAAGCGCCUCUCGUGACUGCACAGUCCGGCUGUGGGAUGCCCAAACCACCCAAUGCCUCCAGGUUCUAAGAGGUCAUUCCAGGGGUGUGGAGACAGUCAGCUUCAGUCCAGACUCCAAACAGCUGGCAUCUGGAGGCUGGGACCGCAAGGCUAUACUCUGGGAAGUUCAGACGGGCCAAACCAUCACUCAACUCCUUGGACAUCGGGAUGCCAUCCAAAGCAGUGACUUUUCUCCCAAUUCAGAAUAUCUUGCUACUGGCUCCUGGGAUUCUACAGUCCAAGUCUGGGAUCUGCGCACACUGGAUAAGAUUAAAAAAAAAAUAUUGGAAGGUCACAAAGGAAAUGUCAGCUGCGUGUGUUUCUCCCCAUCUGGACUCCUGGCCUCCGGCUCCUGGGACAAAACCAUUCGCAUCUGGAAGCCUGAGACAGGGAAGCUCCUUGUUAAACUCUUAGGACAUCUGACCUGGGUGAAGAGCAUGGCCUUCUCUGCUGAUGGACUUCACAUGGCUAGUUCGGAAUACUCUGAGAUGGUUAAAAUCUGGGAUUGUACGACUGGAAAAUGCACAGAGAGCCUGAGGGGAGUUUUAGAAGUGGCCCAUGUCUGCGCUUUCACCCCAGAUGGGAAGUUGUUGGUUUCAGGGUCAGCUGAUCAUCGAAUAUUUGGAGAAGGAACUGCAGAUCGUCAAGUAUUUGGAGAAUAUUCCAAGCGCUGUCAGAUGAGCCACUCGGCCUCCCAGAAAUCAGCUCUAAGCGAAAGCUCCUUCAAGGCCACUGACUUACACAAUUACCUGGAACCAGGAGCCACAAUGAAAAGAGCUAAGAGCAGCACCAUUUCCACCUUAGGAAGAGAACACUGAAAAUCUAAGCCCCAAGACAAGUGAUAAGGAGUUUAAAAGAAACAACUUUGGGCUUGAC